AUGACGGAAUGUGAAAAGUAUUUGGGCCUCCCAAUGCCUAAUGGAAAGUCAAAAGUGGGAAUGUUCAAGGAGUUACAAGAAAGGAUCACAAAGAGGGUAUUGGGAUGGAAGGAAAAGUUUAUCUCAAAGGCGGGUUGUGAAAUCCUCAUCAGACCGGUGGCUCAAGCUAUCCCAACCUAUUCCAUGAGCUUAUUCAAGCUCCCGAAAUCCAUAUGUGACAACAUAAACUCCCUCUUGGCUAGAUAUUGGUGGGGCCAAACCGGGGCGGAAAGAAAAAUCCAUUGGCUUAGUUGGAAAAAGUUAUGUACAUCAAAAAAAAGAGGAAUGGGAUUUAAAGACAUCCAUGCCUUCAAUCUUGCUAUGCUAGCCAAGCAAGCAUGGCGUCUAAUUCACAAUAACGGGUCCCUAUUUUAUAGAGUUUACAAGGCAAGGUAUUUUCCAAGCACCUCCUUUUUGGAUGCCGAGCUGGGAAAUAACCCAUCCUUUGUAUGGCACUCGUUACUGGCUGCAAGAGAUAUCAUAUAUGCUGGCUCUCGAUGGGAGAUUGGGGACGGUAGGAAUAUACGUGUGGCCACCCAUAAUUGGCUACCUCACUCCCCUGUAUUCAUCAAUGCACCACCAAUGAAUAUGACAGUUCAUGACUUCAUGAAUGAGGAAUCUAAGCAAUGGGAUAGGGGGAAGCUUUUUGCUACAUUUGACAGACACACCUGCGAGACCAUACUCAAUAUGCCUCUAAACCACAAAGCCACACAAGACAGAUUGGUAUGGAUGGAGAAUAAAGCUCACACCUUCAUGGUUAGAUCAGCGUACCAGGUUGCUCUACGCCUAUAG